AUGGCCUGGACACAAGGUCUGGAUGGCCCGGUGCUGCUGCAUGGUUCCACGUCAUAUCUCAGCAUGCUUCAUGAUGUGGGCAGAAAUACGGCCUAUGCUGCAGCUUUGAAAGCAUCGAAGAAACCUGAGCUCGUGUUGGAUUUGGGCGCAGGCACAGGCUUACUUGCAGCGCUCGCCUGCAAGGCACACGGAGAUGGCAAGGCUGUUGCCUGCGAGGUCUAUGAUCAGUGUGCCCGUGUCGCCGAACUGGUCUUGAGAGAGAACAAGCUUGCAGAACAAGUUCAGGUUGUGAACAAAGUCGCAAGCGAAUUGGAGGCCGGUGAGGUGGGAGUGGAUCUACCGCAGAAAGCUGACCUCUGUGUCUUUGAGCUCUUUGAUUCACAGUUGCUGGGGGAGAGCAUCAUCCCCAUCCUAAGGGACGCUCAGGCGCGGCUUCUAAGAUCUGAUUGCGUGUUCAUCCCUCGCAAGGCGAAGGUCAGAGCUGUUCUGGUCAGCUGCCCAAAGCUCGGCAGCGCCAAUCUGCCUGAGCUGCGCGGCGCGGCGUGGCCAAUGAUGCUGGGGCAGAUGGGUUUCGAUCCCUUUAAGCCUUUCGAUCCUCAAAGCGCUGAAGAGGUCUUCAUGAGGCACUCGGAAGUCUGGGAUGCUUUCGCGAUCGAUUUUGCUAACUUGCCCAGCACUCCGUGUGCGCACGCCUCGCAUGUGAAGAUAGAGUCACCCGGAGUCGUUGAAGCAGUGGCCUGGUGGUGGGAGCUGGAUAUGGGUGCAGGUGGACAGCACAGCAGCUGGACCAAGGCCGCCAGUUCAGAAGAAUCAACCCCAGCUCGGCACCAUUGGCGACCCUGCAUCUCAUUCCUACUGCCCCGGCCAGUGGAAGGCGAUGACGCAAUCAUUACGGCUGCAUUCAGCGACGAAGGGGUGUGGUUUGCAUGGGGCGAUUCAGGUGUGCCUCCUCGGUGGCUUGAGGGCGUGACAGCCGUUCCACCUGAACGAGAACGACUUCUCAUGGCAUCUAGCUCCAACUUCCAAGGCGCUAUGGCGCAGCUGGGCCGAGAAGCAGGGCCAAAUCCCUUGUUGCUACCUGCUGAGGACUUCCUGAGUUUGCAGAACUUGGCCAAAGUUGUCAAGGUCGCCCAAGUGCCUUUGAGGCCCAAGGCCUUUGCUCGUCUCGUUGAACGCGGGCUUUGGCCCGAAGGUUUCUGCCGAGUGGACCCGGAGGCGACUGCGUCGCCUGAGACCACAGUCAUAGUGGAGCCUUUUGUGCUCGGAGAGGCACGGCCGUGGGCGCUGUGA